AUGUCACAACGUGUUUAGAAAACAAUGCCUGACACCGAUACGGUCAGUGACAGUGAAACUGAGAAGAUGGAAGAGGAGCACUCGCUUGUUGCAAAACUUUCGGCCGCGUUGUUCUAUGGAUUGUCAUCUUUCUUCAUCAUUGUUGCUAACAAGGUCGUUCUUACUUCAUAUGGAUUUCCUUCAUUCCAAGUACUGGGUUUAUCACAGAUGUUGACGGGGAUUGUGGUCCUUUAUACAGCCAAAUUGUUGAAAUUAAUAGAGUUCCCUGAUUUUGCUAGAGAUACAAUAAAAAGAAUAUGGCCAUUACCACUUGUUUAUGUUGGCAAUUUACUGUGUGGUCUAGGAGGCACACAAAAACUCAGUCUUCCCAUGUUUACAGUUUUGAGAAGGUUUUCAAUACUAUUCACAAUGAUAGCAGAAUUCUGGAUUUUAGGGAUUAAAGCCUCACGAGCAGUACAGCUGAGCGUGUAUCUAAUGAUGCUGGGAGCAAUCAUUGCUGGAUUGACAGACCUAUCAUUUGACGCAAUAGGGUAUUUGAUGAUAUUUGUAAACAAUAUAUGCACAGCAACAAAUAUGGUAUAUACAAAACAGAAACUUGAAGCUAAGGACCUUGGAAAGUAUGGUCUACUGUUCUACAAUGCUCUGUUUAUGAUUUUUCCAGUGAUGGCUUUAAGUAUAUAUACAGAAGAACUUCAAAAGGCAUAUAACUUCCAGAGUUGGACUCAGCCGAUGUUUUUACUGCAGUUUGGUUUAUCGUGUAUUCUAGGAUUUGUACUGAACUAUUCUAUAGUUUUAUGUACACAUAUAAAUUCUGCACUGACUACAACUAUUAUAGGUGUCUUAAAGAAUUUAUUGGUCACAUAUAUAGGAAUGGCUCUAGGAGGAGAUUAUAUCUUUAGCUGGCCAAAUUUUAUAGGUCUCAAUAUCAGUGUUACAGGGAGUCUCAUCUAUACUUACCUGACAUUUAAAAAAGUAGGACCAUCAAAGACAAUCAUAAUCUCAAAUGGACGGCCACCACAGCAAGUGUGAACAAUCUACAGAUCUGAUCCUACUGAGCAUCAUUUAUUCUGUUUUACAGAUAUCAGGGGGUAUUUUAAGCCAUUAAAGUGAAGAAAUGAGGGUUAUUAAAGGUUUUUUAUUACUUAUAUUGGUAUUUUAAUGUAACAUUUUACGACAGGAAUGAAACUGGAAAGAAUACUCUGAAUUGUUUAAUUUUGCAGACAUCAAGUUUUGUGGUUUUGUACAAAACAACUAUUUCAUGGGGAUAUUAUUUUGUGGGUUUAGUUUCUUUCAUUAGCAUUGAUCUUCAUGGUCUGAAACAACCAAGAAAUCACUAAAAAGUAAAUCUAUCAAGAAAAACUGAUUUCACAGUAUUCAAGAUUGUCACUUUAUAGAGAGAAUGGUAUUGUUUAAAUGAACAAGUAGAAAAAUGAAAUCCAUUUAAGUACUAUUGUGAGAGGGUGAUAUUGUCCUUUCUCGUAAGAUAUACAUCAUGUAUCUGUAGUACACUUCAUUGAUAGGUAUCGUCAGCUAAUAAUGAGAUUAAAGCUAUUUGCUCACAGUUGGUGUGAAAUUUUUAAACGUUCAUUUCCACCAGGUAUGGCAUAGAAUAUGUAUAGGUCACUGUAAUAUGAUAUGUGAAAAUAAGUGUUAAUUUAUUGGUAAUAAGGCAAAAGAAUGCCAUUUUUUCCAUUUUUUUUAUAAGCAGUGCAAGGGUUAUCUCUCUUCUGCCAAUAUUUCUGAUACCUUGCACAUAUUAUAUGUCAAUAUAAUUUACAACACUGGUCACUGUCACAGCACUCAAUUCAUUUAAAGGAUUUUUGGGGAAAAAAUUCUUUCACUUAAAAUGUGUGAAUGAGCCACUUUAAACUGUCGAGGUGAUUUCUUUGCUGGACCUGCAAAAAUUAGCUGUUCUUAAAUUCUAUGAAAUGUGAAAUUUAGUGUAACUUCCAAAAGAUACACACAAAAAUAUUUCUUUACAAUAUCUAUCGGGCCAAAUGUAAAGGUUUGUUACUAAUUACUAAAAAAGUUUCUGUAAAAUGUUGUAGAGUGAUUUUUGUGGUUGCACCAAGCUACAAAAUUAAACCAUGAUAUACAGAUGAUAUUCCCAUUCCUUUAAUAUUUGGAAGAUGAAAUCCACAAUUUCAUAAUUAUCCCCAUUGGAAUAAAUUGAAUCCUCAGUAUGGUAAUAUUCAUUUUUUGUGUUAUUUUCAGUGUCCUUAAGAAUAAAUUCUUUUCAUUUUGUUAUUUUCUUAACUACAAAACGUAAUCAUAUGUUGUUGUAUUUGACGUAUUAAUAAAAUGUAAAUUUGUAAAAUUGCAUGAUGAAUGGCAUAUAACAUUGCUGUAGAUACAUUUUCACAUACAUAAUCUCGUAUUAUUCUGUCAGAGCUGUCCUAUAAGUUUCCCUAUCUUUGUUAUUGAUAUGUUGUUACUAAAUGCAGGAACAUUUUUCUAGGACCCUCAUGGCCAUCAAUAUUGCUGUGAUGCUAGUCAUUAUUUUUUGUCAGCUCAUAAUUAGAUAAAUUUCAAAUUUGUAUUAUUGACGAGACAAAAGUGCUUAAAAUAAAAGUCCUUUUGGUACUUUAAGUUACUUUUAAAUAGGCGAGUGUCUGUGAUUCUGACAGUACUUUUUAAAAUACAGAUGUUAAAACACAGUGGUGAGAGGAGUGGUUUUAAGGGACAUAGUUCCGGUAUGUAACGGAUACAUAGUGUCUGGAAGAUUUUUGUCGAGCCCGCUUGCAGAAGUGAAGACAUAGCUGUCCAAAUGGCUGUUCGGUGUGUGCGUCCGUCCGUCCGUGCGUGUGUCCGUCCGGAUUUGCUUGUCCUGACCAUAACUUUGACAUGCAUGGAGCAAUCUUGUUUAUAUUUGGCAGGACUGUUAACCUCAGUGAGACGGAGUGUCAUGCGAAAACCGCAGGUUCCUCUCUCAAAGGUCAAGGUCACACUUGGAGGUCAAAGGUUAAAUUUAAUAAUGACUUUGUCCAGAGCAUUUCUUUUUCAUGCAUUCAUGCAUGGAAGGAUUUUGAUGUAACUUGGCACAAUUGUUCACCAUCAUGAAACUGAGUGUCAUGUGCAAGAACCUAGAAGUACUUCCCUUUGUUUUUACUAUAAAUAGCUUAUAUUGUAACUUUUUUAUUACUGGUCGUAGGGAAAAAUCAAGACCACUUUUCUGUAGUACAAUAUGCAUGUUACAUCCAAUUUUUCUCUACUAAUAAGGAUUUUUGUGUGGACUUUGAUUUUGUUAAAGAUUUACUUCCCUUUGUUGUUACUAUAAAUAACUGACCUUAAUGUUUGCCUCAAUGAGACAGGGUGUCAUGUGCAACUCCUAGUCCUUUUGAUAGCUGGCGGGCUCGACAUGUUGCCUGUGGGCAUCUAGUUACCCAACAUACUGAUAUACUUUGCCAAUGAAUCGGAUGACCCUAUUGCUGCAUGUAUUAAUAUCUGUAAGCAACAGGUAGGAAGAUAGAAUGAUGGAGAUUUCUUUUUAGCUCACCUGUUACAUAGUGACAAGGUGAGCUUUUGUGAUCACCCUUAGUCCGUCGUCUGUGCAUCCGUCCGUCUGUCAACAAUUUCUUGUCUGCACGAUAGUAGUUUCAUUUAUGAUUUUAUUUUAACCAAACUUGCACACAACUUGUAUCACCAUAAGAUCUUGGUUCCUUUCUUGAACUGGCAAGAUCCAAUUAUGGGUUCCAGAGUUAUGGCCCCUGAAAGGGCCAGAAUUAGCUAUUUUGACUUUGUCUGCACAAUAGCAGCUUCCUUUAUGAUUUGAAUUUAACCAAACUUGCACAAAACUUGUGUCAACAUAAGAUCUCGAUUCCUUUCUUGAACCGGCCAGAUUCCAUUAUGGAUUCAAGAGUUAUGGCCCCUGAAAGGGCCAGAAUUAGCUAUUUUGACUUUGUCUGCACAAUAGCAGCUUCAUUUAUGAUAUUUAUGAUUUGUGGGUUGCUGAGUUAUGGCCCCUGAAAGGGCCAAAAUUAGCUAUUUUGACCUUGUCUGCACAAUAGCAGCUUCAUUUAUGAUUUGAUUUUAACCAAACUUGCACACAACUUGUAUCACCAUAAGGUCUCGAUUCCUUUUUAUACGCCCAAAGGGAUGUAUUAUGUUAUCGCCUCAGUGUCCGUCUGUCUGUCUGUCUGUUGGUUAGCAAUUUCCCUUCUGCUCUGUAACUCUUGAACCCCUUGAAGGAUUUCAAAGAAACUUGACACAAAUGUUUACCUCAUCAAAACGACAUGCAGAGCGCAUGUUUCAGAUGGCUCACUUCAAGGUCAAGGUCACACUUAGGGGUCAAAGGUCAUAUGACUUUGUUUUGUGUGUAUAUUGCUCUGCAUUUGCGUUGCAUUGCAGUGCUCUUGUUUUUAUUUGGCAGAUCCUUCUUUUGUUCACUUACAAUAAUUUUUUUAUGCCUUCAGCAUCUACAGAUGCGGGAGGCAUAUAGUGAUUGUCCUGUCCAUCCAUUCAUUCGUUCAUCUGUCUGUACGAGAUUAACCAAAUGGGACCGUUUCGUCUAGCAUCAAUACCCCUUACUAGAAUGACUUGAUACUAAUGCAGAUGUAACCUGUGACCAUUCCUCAUCUUCAGACAUCACCUGACCUCAGUUUGACCUUGACCUCAUUUUGGGCUUAGGUUGCCUUAUGUGGGCCAUCUCUUGGUUAACCAAAUGGGACCGUUUCGUCUAGCAUCAAUACUCCUUACAAGAAUGAAUUGAUACUAAUACAGAUGUAAACUGUGACCAUUCCUCAUCUUCAAACAUCACCUGACCUCAGUUUGACCUUGACUUUGAUCUCAUUUUGGACUUAGGUGCAAAAUCUAUCGACAAGGAUGCCACUGGGGGCAUCAAGCGUUUAUUAAGCUCCUUGUUUUUAAUUACUUCCCUUUUAUGUUACUAUAAAUAGCUUAUUUAGUAACUUUUUUAUUAUUGGCCGUAAGGAAAAACCGAGAUCACUUUUCUGUGGUACAACAUGGAUGGUACCUCCAAUUUUUAGGUGAAUUUUGACAUAUCUGUACCUUGUAAGAAUUUUUUUUUCUUUUUGGUUAAAUUUCUUCCCUUUGUUGUUCCUGUCCUUUGGACUAAGAUAUUUUUUCUGAGGACUUAUUUUGAUUCAUUGAAAAAGUGGCUGCUAGGGGAGGGGCUCAUUUUCCCAUAUGGCUAUACAGAAAACUUGUAUGAAACUGCUGGCCUGAUUUGAAAAUAAUUUUAUUUGAAGUAACUUUAAGAAAAUUUCAACUGUAUUUUCUCAUAAUUCUUUUGAUUGAUGUUGAUUAUGAUUUUUUGACCUUCUUGUCCUUAAGUGCAAUGAUAACAGGUGAGCGAUAUAGGGCCAUUAUGGCCCUCUUGUUAAUUGUUUCAUUCACAUUUUUGUGUCAGUUAUUUUAGAAUAAUGUUUAGAAAUGCAUAAAUUUAUCUAAGAUAUUUAUAGAAAUUUUUGUUAGAUUUUAUUUGAAUUAUGUUUUGAGGUAAUAAAUAUAUUUGUUUGUAAAUAAGAUUUCACUAUGCCCCCUUUUGAAGAAGAGGGAUUACAUUGUGUAUUGUUUGGCUCAUGUUAGACUGUAGGUCUCUCAGUCUGUAGACCAGUUUGUUUCCUUAACCUUGAGCCUGCUGGUGGCAGGUGGUUAUGCCAUUGCGACCAGGGCAGACCAAAAUCAGCGGGCACAUCUGCAUUUACCAUGACCAAUUAAACUGAGGGAAGGGUUUUGUCAGAUUCAUCAUCAAAGAACUUUGUGAGGGAUUUUGCUGACUCAUUGGGAUGAUGGGAGGUGGUUGGUGUUUUUACAAAUAGAUGUUGUUUGUUUUAUGAGUUUGAGGGUAUUAAAUGUUAUACAAGCGAUCAUACACCUACAUCAAAAUCAUGCAAUGAAUCAAAUUAAAAAUGUCUAUUUGUGUUACUGUUGGUGACUAUGAAUAAGCUUGCAAACAAACAUACAGGUAGACAUUUGUUAAUUUAGGAGUCAGGUUUUCAAAGAUUGAAGUCAGUGUUGUCAAAACAGGUGAAAAGUUUUAUGGCAAUUAAACACUUUAGAAUAGUCAAGCAUGCUGUCCUUAAGACAGCUCUUGUUAAAUAUUUGAAUCUUUUCAUUGUUAAAUGCUUUCUGUUUUUGAAUGUUUUUAUGUAUAUAGAUAGGUAGCUUUGUCAAAUUAGUUCAGUAUAUUGACAAAAAGUGAUAAAUCAGGCCUAAAAGAGAAGUUCUGUUUGACAGUAAUGUCGGCCAUACCAGAAGUUGUUCAGCUCUGACAGGUUAUAAUAAGGUUAAAGAUGGUCUUGUUAAGUAUGAAAGAGUAGACAUUCCAUUCUUUGUCUGAAAACAUAAAGACUUUGUAAUUAAUACAAAAUGUGUGAUAUCUUGACCUGCUUACAGUUGUUGUUAUAGAAAUAUGUUUUAUAUUAUAUUUUUCAAGAGUCUUGUUCAUUUUAAAAUGUAGUUUUUGUUCAAGUUUGAACAGAUCUGAAAUCCAGUUGGUGAAAUGGUUUGGUUAUAUGAUAUGUUCAUGUAUGAGAACUUGAUGAGUUUUUCUUUUAUUUAUGAGGUAUUCUUAUAUUGAUAUAUUCAUUCAGCUGGUGCCUUUAUGCCCUUCCAUUCAUUCCAUUUGUACAUGCCUGUUUGAAGACAGGACUACUGAAUUAUGGAGAAGUGUGUCUAUUCAACUGACCAAAAUGUUUUCUGAUUUCUUAAACAUUUGAGUCAAUAUUUUGUGAGAAUGAGGAUCUACAAAUCGAAUUUUACUUUGAUUUUGGUAAGAUAUAUUUAGCAGAGUUAUGACCCUUGUGUUAGUAAGUUUUCCCUGGUUUUCUGCACUUUUUGCCAUGCAUGCACAUGAUGCAAUGAUUAUGGUGUGCAAAUAUGAGGGUCUACAGACAGAUUGUUACUUUGAUUCCUGUCUCAUGGUUUAUAGCAGAGUUUUAGCCCUGUCUGUGAUAUUUAUGUCAUGCAGGUGUAUAAUCAUGUAGUUUUUAUUUUUGUUUAGUCAGAUAUUUUUGCUUGUCUGCUUCUGUAAUUUAGGAUUUAUGGCUUUCUAGAAAAUAGAAAAUGCAAAAAAGUGAAAAAUAGUCCCUCGCAAAAGAAUGAUUGACAUGUCCUUCUCUUAACUUUGCUCAACAGUUGCUGAUCAGUGAAAGUUGUCUUCCAUUUUAAUAAUUAGUGAUAUAGGUGAUAACUUGGCGACCUGUCAAAGGAUGAUGGGCAAGUGUAUUUUUUGCUCGAAAUUUGUGAGAAAACGGCAUAACCAUUUUGAUGAUCUCAUUUCAGGUCAAUUUAAUUUAAGAUCUUACAAUUUUGUGUAAUAUUGACAAAACACAGAAGGCCAGCGUGUCCCAGUUCCUGAUAUAUUUGCCUUAUAAAUCUAGAGUAGAUAUACACAGUGCUAUAUUUUUGGUUGAACCUGUUCAUUAUACAUAUGUAUAGGUAUUUAAAGGAAGCUGAGAUAAUUUUUGUUUAAAUUCUAUGAAAUAGAAAUUAAAAAAAAAUAAUAUACAA